AUGGCAGCUGAAAAAGUAUCAGAAGACUAUUUUUGGCGAUCUUGCAGAGUUGACUUUUUCAGAUUUACCAAUAUUGUCUGUGUGAGCAGAGGGGAGAGCGGCCACCGCCGCUGCCGCUUCCACCACAGAAAUCAAGAUGACUACCAGCUGGUGCGAAAAUUAGGCCGAGGUAAAUACAGUGAAGUAUUUGAAGCUAUCAACAUCACAAAUAAUGAAAAAGUUGUUGUUAAAAUUCUCAAGCCAGUAAAAAAGAAGAAAAUUAAGCGUGAAAUAAAGAUUUUGGAGAAUUUGAGAGGAGGUCCCAACAUCAUCACACUGGCAGACAUUGUAAAAGACCCUGUGUCACGAACCCCCGCCUUGGUUUUUGAACACGUAAACAACACAGACUUCAAGCAAUUGUACCAGACAUUAACAGACUACGAUAUUCGAUUUUACAUGUAUGAGAUUCUGAAGGCCCUGGAUUAUUGUCACAGCAUGGGAAUUAUGCAUAGAGAUGUGAAGCCCCAUAAUGUCAUGAUUGAUCAUGAGCACAGAAAGCUUCGACUAAUAGACUGGGGUUUGGCUGAGUUUUAUCAUCCUGGCCAAGAAUAUAAUGUCCGAGUGGCUUCCCGAUACUUCAAAGGUCCUGAGCUACUUGUAGACUAUCAGAUGUAUGAUUAUAGCUUGGAUAUGUGGAGUUUGGGUUGUAUGCUGGCAAGUAUGAUCUUUCGGAAGGAGCCAUUUUUCCAUGGACAUGACAAUUAUGAUCAGUUGGUGAGGAUAGCCAAAGUUCUGGGGACAGAAGAUUUAUAUGACUAUAUUGACAAAUACAACAUUGAAUUAGACCCACGUUUCAAUGAUAUCUUGGGCAGACACUCUCGAAAGCGAUGGGAACGCUUUGUCCACAGUGAAAAUCAGCAUCUUGUCAGCCCUGAGGCCUUGGAUUUCCUGGACAAACUGCUGCGAUAUGACCACCAGUCACGGCUUACUGCAAGAGAGGCCAUGGAGCACCCCUAUUUCUACACUGUUGUGAAGGACCAGGCUCGAAUGGGUUCGUCUAGCAUGGCAGGGGGCAGCACGCCUGUCAGCAGCGCCAAUAUGAUGUCAGGGAUUUCUUCAGUGCCAACCCCUUCACCCCUUGGACCUCUGGCAGGCUCACCAGUGAUUGCUGCUGCCAACACCCUUGGGAUGCCUGUUCCAGCUGCCGCUGGCGCUCAGCAGUAACAGCUCUGUCUCCUGAUGCCUGAGCAGAGGUGGGGGAGUCCACCCUCCUUGAUGCAGCUUGCGCCUGGCGGGGAGGGGUGAAACACUUCAGAAGCACCGUGUCUGAACCGUUGCUUGUGGAUUUAUAGUAGUUCAGUCAUAAAAAAAAAAUUAUAAUAAAAAAAAAAAAA